ACCAAAUUGAAGUCGUGUGAUGUGAGACACUGACAACAACGGGACACGGUCCAUCCUAUACAUGGGAAUAAGGUGGUGAUCGACACAUCAUGCACCCACCAGCCCCUGCUUACAACCCCACAUGAGCUGAGCCUCCGUCGUCCUGAGCUCCAGUAUCCAGUAAACAUCAUGAAUCCUUACCAGCAAACCAGUCCUUUACCCCAGCCAAAUGCAGAGUACUUUUCCUGGGACUACCGCCUCCUGCUUAUCGGCCUUGGCUUUGCUUUCUAUGCAGCAGUAUUCCUCCUCUCCCACCUCCUGUCUUGGGCUGUGUCCCGCACCUACAACUCCCUGCUAGCUAAGGAGCAGGUUUUCUGGAACCUCGCUGCGACCCGGGCAGUAUUUGGCAUCCAGAGUACCAUAGCUGGUCUCAGGGCUCUAACUGAAGACUCAGAGUUGUUCAGAGACAGAGUGAGGGGCCAAGAAAACUGGUCUUGGUUUAAUGUCCUUACAGCUACAGGCUUCUUUGUGUUUGAGAAUGUAGCACUUCAUGCUUCCAGUUUGGUAUUUCGGACAUUUGACCUCCCACUGGCAACACACCAUUUCUUUGCACUGUCAGGAUAUGCAGGAGCGGUGGUGUGGGAUUCCCUGGGACAUUAUCUGCCAAUGGUUACGCUGCUGCUAGAGAUGAGUACACCAUUCACCUGCAUAUCAUGGAUGUUACUGAAGGCUGGCUGGGCCCACACCCUGUUCUGGAAAGCAAACCAAUGGGUGAUGAUCCACACGUUCCAUUGUCGCAUGGUGCUCACAUACUACAUGUGGUGGGUGACUAUAAAUUACUGGGGAGAGCUGAGCACCCAUGUGGCCUUACCUCAACUCCUGCUCUUCUUCACUGGCCUCGCUCUGCUCACGUUUAUCAUCAACCCCAUCUGGACACACAAGAAGACCAUGCAGCUGCUGAAUCCUGUGGAUUGGAACUUUGGCAACAAGCCUGCACCUGCAAACGGCUCCCCAAAGGGUCAGUCAGAGGUUUCUGUCAAACCACACGACAACUGAGGUGAAUUGAUGAGGUCAUUUUUAACUGAAAUAUUUUUUUUAUCCAAGUGUGAGGAGGCCAUUGAAGUGAUGAUAGAUUUUUUUUUUGUAUUUGUAUGAUAAAAUCUUCAGUCUGGUGUGUUACAAGGGAAAUGUUUUUUUUUUUUUUUUAAGUCUUCAAUGACUGCCUGGUACUAUUUUGAUUAAGUCUGGUAUCUUGUCUACAUCCAGGCACUUGUUUUUGCUAGGAAACAUAUACCAGUUAUUAACUGAGUUUGCUCAGCUUUUAAAAGGUAGGCUUGGUUAUUUAGAGCAAUGGAAUGGGGCCUUUCUUGUUUUCAUCACCUCACGCUGUGUUGUGACAUAGCCACUCUACUAGUAACACCAUAGGUUACUAAUUAGUAAUGGUGAAGACUUCUUGAAAAACAAUUCCAGUAGCACACAUUGGCAGAUUACUUUAAAAAAAUCAUGACAUUUUAAUAACUGCAGGAACUUGGCUACUUUCAGUCAUGAAAAAGAUAUCUAAAUUUAUGAAAUAAAGCUUCAAAAUAAUGAAAAUGAAGAAGUAAAAUCUGCUCUAGGAUGGUGUGGGCGUCAGUGUUAAUUUUGUUGACUAAA